AUGGUAGUCGAAAGACAAAGAGUCGAGGCCAAGAAGAAAAUAAAAUAUUUGGGAGUUAUCAUAACUAAAAACCUCAACCUUUUGGAACACAUUAAAUAUACGGUCGAAAAAGCCAACAAAAAGGCAACGCAAUUACGGAGGCUGAUGCCGAAUGUAGGAGGGCCUGGCUAUUGCAAGCGCAGGGUUUUGUGCCUAGUAAUACACAGUGUCCUCCUGUAUGCGGCGCCAGCCUGGCGCGAAGCCAUGAAGAUACAAUCGUACAAGGAGAGAUUAAUGGCUGCGCAAAGAAAAGGCUUAUUGAUGGUCGCCGCUGCCUAUAGGACCGUAUCGGCCGAGGCAGUCCAGGUUAUAGCAGGAUUCCCACCAAUUGAUCUCAUGAUAGCUGAGAGAUGCUUUCUAUAUAAAAUAGGAGGCAGGUUAGCCGGUAAUAGACGAAUGGCAAGAGAAAGAACAUACAAAAAGUGA